GCUUGAGAUAUCCGCGGAGGAGGAGGAGCUGUCAACAAAAAAAAAGUUGUUUGAGUUUUUUAAACCAGGAGAAGGAAAAAAGAAAAAGAGUUUUCGAACCGGCGGAAUAUCGCGUGUGUUGUUGUUUUUUUUUUUUUUUUUUUUUUUUAAUUUGUUGUACCUUGGUAUGGAAUGACACCGGGAGCCUCACCGGGACCUCCGAAGGACGACGAAAGCACACGAUGGCAACCGGACUGGCGAAGUGGUUCGGCCUCACCUCCCUGCUCUGCUCCGGCUGCUGCGUUCUGGAGGGAAGGAAAGUAUGCCAAGGCCUCACCAACCAUUUGAACCUCCUGGGCUCCAAAGACGACCACUACCUGAACAUGGUGAAUACCUACAGCAACUGCAGCGUGGUCCUGGAGAACCUGGAGGUCACCUACAUGGAGGAGCACCGCAACCUGUCCUUCCUCGAGUCUAUUGAAGAAGUGGGCGGCUACGUGCUGAUCGCCCUCAACACGGCCUCCAGGAUUCCUCUGCAGAACCUGCGCAUCAUUCGAGGUCACUCGCUCUACGAGGGAGCGUUCGGCCUCGCCGUGCUGACCAAUUACGAGAAAGCUACAAGUCGGGUGACCAGCGAGCUCCUCCUGACCAGCCUGACGGAGAUUCUGAAAGGAGGAGUUAAGUUCGGGUCCAACCAGCCGUGCAACGUGGAAACGAUCCAGUGGAACGACAUCGUCAACGUCGACAGCAAACCCAAGAUGGUGCUCCCGUUGCCCAUCAGCCAUCCGCGCUGUACGAAAUGCGACCCGAGCUGCUUAAACGGUUCCUGCUGGGCACCCGGCCCUGAGAACUGUCAGACACUAACCAAGCUGAACUGUGCACAGCAGUGCUCUAAGAGAUGCAAAGGGGUCUCGCCCAGCGACUGCUGCAACGAGCACUGCGCUGCAGGCUGCACGGGACCGCGGCCCACCGACUGUCUGGCCUGUCGGGACUUCCAGGACGACGGCAAGUGUAAAGACUCCUGCCCGGGCCUCAUGCGCUACGACCCCAACCUGCACCAGCUGGUACCCAACCCGCAAGGGAAGUACAACUUCGGGGCCACCUGUGUGAAGACCUGCCCACACAACUACGUGGUGACUGAUCACGGAGCGUGCGUCAGGACGUGCAGCGCCAACACGUUCGAGGUGGACGAGGGCGGAGUCAGGAAGUGCGCCAAGUGUGAAGGACUGUGCCCGAAAGUGUGCAACGGACUCGGGAUGGGGAACCUCACCAACAUCCUGUCCAUCAACGCCACCAACAUCGACUCCUUCAAAAACUGCACCAAAAUCAACGGCAACAUUGCGAUCAUCCACCCGUCGAUUCACGGAGAUUCGUAUACCAAAACGCCAAAAUUGGAGCCUUCCCAGCUUGAUGUGUUUAAGACGGUGAAGGAAAUAACCGGAUACUUGUUGAUCCAAACGUGGCCAGAGAACAUGACGUCGCUCAGCCCCUUUGAGAACCUGGAGAUCGUUCGAGGACGGACUAAGCAGGGUAGCCGCAGCGUCAUGAUGUCUCAACUCGGCAUCCGCUACCUGGGCCUCCGCUCCCUGAAGGAGAUCAGCGACGGAGACGUGGUCAUCGUCAAGAACCGGAACCUGUGCUACACGGACAAGAGCCACUGGGAGGCGCUCUUCAAGUCGGGGAGCCAAAGAGCCAAAAUCGAGGACAACGCCGACGCUGCCGCGUGCGCCCGGUCGAACAACACGUGCGACAGGAAGUGCGCCACGGACAGCUGCUGGGGCCCCGGCCCCGACAUGUGCGUCGCCUGCCGCGACCACAGCCGUGCCGGGAGCUGCGUGGACUCCUGCAACAUCCUGGAGGGAGAGCCCCGGGAGGCCGUCGUGAAUAAAACCUGCGUGGACUGCCACCCCGAGUGUCGACGCACCAACGGGACCGCGACCUGCAAUGCACCCGGCUCUGGAAACUGCACCAAGUGUGCCAACUUCCAGGACGGCCUGUUCUGCGUGGCUCGGUGUCCCCAAGGCGUGCCGGGCGCGGACGACAUGCUGGUGUGGAAAUACGCCGACGUGACCAAAGUGUGCAAGCUGUGCCACAAAAACUGCACUCAAGGGUGCGUGGGGCCCGGUUUCAAAGGCUGCCAGACUAAAAGCCACUCCGGCCUCUCCGUGAUUUCGGCCGGCGUGGUCGGCGGGCUGCUGGCGGUUCUCAUCGCCGGCCUGUCUGUGUUCGUGUUGCUACGCCGACGCCACAUCAAGAGGAAGAGGACCACGCGCAGACUCCUGCAAGAGAGAGAGUUGGUUGAACCUCUGACUCCGAGCGGGGAGGCUCCAAACCAGGCUCUGCUGCGCAUACUGAAGGAACCCGAGUUUAAGAAAAUCAAAGUGCUGGGAUCUGGAGCUUUUGGGACAGUUUACAAGGGCCUGUGGGUUCCAGAGGGAGAGGACGUGAAGAUCCCCGUGGCCAUCAAGGUGUUGAGAGAGGCCACGUCACCGAAGGCAAACAAAGAGAUCUUGGACGAGGCCUACGUGAUGGCCAGCGUCGAACACCCCCACGUGUGCCGCCUGCUGGGCAUCUGCCUGACCUCCACCGUGCAGCUCAUCACCCAGCUGAUGCCCUACGGCUGCCUGCUGGACUACGUCAAAGAGAACAAGGACAACAUCGGCUCCCAGUAUCUGCUCAACUGGUGUGUGCAGAUAGCCAAGGGGAUGAACUACCUGGAGGAACGCCACUUAGUGCACCGGGACCUGGCGGCGAGGAACGUCCUGGUGAAGACUCCUCAGCAUGUCAAGAUCACCGACUUCGGUCUGGCCAAACUCCUCAACGCCGACGAGAAAGAGUACCACGCGGACGGUGGGAAGGUACCGAUCAAAUGGAUGGCUCUGGAAUCGAUCCUGAACAGAACGUACACCCACCAGAGCGACGUGUGGAGUUACGGCGUCACCGUUUGGGAGCUGAUGACAUUCGGGACCAAGCCGUACGACGGGAUCCCGGCCUGCGAAAUAGCCGGCGUCCUGGAGAAAGGGGAGCGGCUGCCUCAACCACCGAUCUGCACCAUAGACGUCUACAUGAUCAUGGUGAAAUGUUGGAUGAUCGACGCCGACAGCCGACCGCGUUUCCGGGAACUGAUAGCCGAGUUUACAAAGAUGGCCCGGGACCCUCCCCGAUAUCUGGUCAUUCAGGGCGACGACCGCAUGCACCUGCCGAGUCCCACGGACACCAAACUGUACCGCAGCCUGAUCAGCGGGGAGGGCAUGGAGGACGCCGUGGACGCGGACGAGUACCUGGUGCCGCAGCACGGCUUCUUCAGCAGCCGGAGCACCUCCCACACCCCGCUGCUCCACUCCACGAGCCUGAAUAGCAGCAUUGGAACCUGCCACGGCAGAAACGGCUUAUUGAACGGAUUCCCGAGCAGAGACGGAAGCAUCGUCCUCCGGUACAUCCCUGACCCCACGGACAAGCUCCUAGACGAGGCCUUCCUGCCGUCUCCAGACUACAUGAACCAGAACGGCCUUUCAGACGUGAUGAACCCCGUCUACCAGCACCCGGGUCCGCCCCGCGCCGCCCUCCCCACCAUCUCGUCCGACGACGCGGAGACCGAGUACCUGAACUGCUUUAAGAACGGCGGCGGCGUCGAACCCGAGUACCUCAACGAGAUCGCGUGCCCCGCCGUCCUCCCGCUCGCCUCCAACGGCACGGCGCCGCGCGGCGUUCAGAGAUGCCAGGCCCAGAACAGCAUGGACAACCCCGACUACCAACAGGAUUUCACUCCCACCUUCAAGACCCACGCCAACGGGCACAUCCCGGCGGCUGAAAACGCAGAGUACCUGGGCCCGGACUGAGGGGCGGCGAGUGGACACGGACAAUACAACUCCGGACUUGUUCCAUUAACUCGGGGCAUCGAUGUAUCGGCCCGAGAAGGCGUAGCUAGGUGGUACCAUCAAUUAUUAUCCAUGUCUUACGGAGUCAAAGUGAACCCCCCUUUUGUGGAAGCUUUCCGUGUUGUUUGCAUGCAGGCGUAGCUGUCACUCAAAAAAAAAAACCUUCUCAUUCCAAAGACCUUUUUUUUUCUUCUCACCACCAAACCACAAAAUGACUUUUUUCUUGAUCAAAGAUGGACGGAAGAGGACUCAGUUGAGCUGAGAGUCGCUGGAUCAGAUGCGUUUAAAAGGGGGGAAAAAACCUCUCUAAAGGUCGCGUGGGAUGUCGUACGUCGACUGCUUUAAAAAAAGAAAAGGAAUGUGAACGACCUCCUUUUUUUUGUUUUUGAGAAAAAGAUUGAACUGCCUCCAUUUUUAGGAGGCAGAAGGUCGACGCCGCGAGAGGACAGAAACCGGCGGCUCGAUCCCCGGAUCGCAAACCCUGAAGGUACUCGCGCUGUCCAAUCACGAGUCGGAUACGCAAUCGGUAUCCGACUUGCAAAAAGGUAUCGACACGUUGGGAUUUAAAGGGUCGACGGCGGCGCACGGCCCCCCCCCUGUGGGCGAGUCGAGAAGACCCGAAGGGGGUCCCAAAGCGAAGGGGGUCCCAAAGGGGGUACCGAAGGGGGUACCGAAGGUUCGAGUCAACAAGGAGAAAGAAAAAUGUUGCAGUCGGUUUAAAUGGGAAUACUGGAGAAUUGUAUUGUUUAAAAUAUGUUACUUUUAUGCUCUUAAAACCGUUCUGUAUGCAUCACACACUGGUUGCCCCCCCCCCCCCCUCAUGUGUGUCACACUUCCUGUGUGAUUGUGGCUUUGCAGUUGAAGAACCUGCAGCGCCUCCUGUACCAUGGAGCAUAUUUGUGUCCACCCACAAAGUUUAAGCUUUGUGCACCCAGGAAGUAGUUUUUUCUGGUCCUCCAUUUUUUUGAGUUUUUUUUUUUUUACUCGUGCAACAAAACAGAUUUUAUGUUUUGGUUUUUUUUUACUGUCUUUGGUCAUUUGAGUAACGUGUUUUGGACUUUUGGUUUUUUUUAGAUUAGAAGUCGUGUUUCCCCGUAAACACAAGUGGGUUUUACAGACUAUUCGAACGGCUCCAGAAACAAACAGCGUUUCUGAUGUUUCUAUAUUAAUAGCUGGAGACUCUUUCUUUUUUUUAUAAUACAGAAAUGUAGACCGUUGUUUCGCGCAGGCUGUCGACAACCUACAGCAUCUCUGAAUUUGCUCCUAGCUUUAACGUCUCGUGCUCUUGCGAGGCCAUUACACUUUGCAGAUAUUAUUCCUAGUUUUAAAGGAAUAUACUAUUGUAGCAACCUGAAAAGCCUACUUUUUUUGCAGAUUUUACACAGGUACAUGUACAGAAAACAGUGAAUAUACUGUACUAUACCCCCAACAACAAAUAGUCACCUAUAAUUUAUACUCCGGACACAGUUUUUCUUUGUCACAUCGUACGUGAAUAUGCACUCAUUCCUGAAUUGUGAUUAUUUCAUUCGAAAGUGAACUUGAAUAAAUCAUUUUUUUUUC